AUUUGUAUCUGUUGUUGCUGCCGUCGUUUGCAUCUUGCACUGAAGCAUUAGCAUAUAUUUAGCAAACAUGGCAGUUACAUUAUACAACCCUAGCUCUGCAUCUGGGUUGAAGAAGCUUGAUGAGUACCUUCUCUCACGCAGUUAUAUCACUGGGUACCAAGCUUCAAAGGAUGAUGUUACUGUCUAUGCUGCUUUGUCAUCUGUUCCAUCAGAUGAAUAUGUGAAUGUGUCGAGGUGGUACAAGCACAUUGAUGCUUUGUUGAGAAUCUCUGGUGUUUCUGGUGAGGGAUGUGGUGUCACUGUGGGGGGAUCUUCUCUUGUAGCUGAUGAGACUGUUGCCACUCCCCCACCUGCCGACUCAAAGGCUACUGCAACUGCAGAUGAGGAUGAUGAUGAUGAUGUGGAUUUGUUUGGUGAAGAGACCGAGGAAGAAAAGAAGGCAGCUGAGCAACGGGCAGCUGCUAUGAAAGCAUCUGGAAAAAAGAAAGAGUCUGGGAAAUCAUCUGUUCUGCUGGAUGUAAAGCCGUGGGAUGAUGAAACCGACAUGAAAAAGCUUGAAGAAGCAGUCAGAUCUGUUCAGAUGGAAGGAUUGCUUUGGGGUGCAUCCAAACUUGUUGCUGUUGGGUACGGUAUCAAGAAACUGCAAAUUAUGCUUUCUAUUGUGGAUGACCUAGUCUCUGUCGACACUCUCAUUGAGGAACGUCUUACAGUUGAGCCCAUCAAUGAAUAUGUCCAGAGUUGUGACAUUGUAGCCUUUAAUAAAAUAUAAUUUACAAUCCAUGAGACUUGGAGAUCAUGGUAAUGGGAGAAAUUGCAAGUUUUAGAAAUUAUGUUCUAAGGAUACUACUAUCCUAGGUUGAGAUUUUGUUUCAAGAAACCUGCUUGUUAUCGUUGUCGUAUGAUGUUGGUCUGUCUCUGUGAUGUCUUGGGAUUACUUGGAUAGUCUUAAUAUUUUGGCUUUAAGCCUUUAAGGUGUGA